AUGGGAAAGAACGGUAAAGUUCCACAAAAAGAGAAGCGUGGAAAGAACAAACGCUUCGAUAGAGUUGGCCAGCCAUCUGCACAUGAUCAUCCAGAAUUCCCAGUUCGUCUUGCCAUGUGGGACUUUGGCCAGUGCGAUCCAAAGAGAUGCUCUGGAAUUAAACUAAAGAGAUUAGGAUACGUUCGUGUUCUUAACCUCAGAGAUACAUUUCACGGUCUCGUUCUCUCACCAAUCGGAACUCAAAUUAUCAGCCCAGAAGAUAAAGAACUUGCACUUUCAUCAGGCUUGGCUGUUGUAGAUUGCUCAUGGAAACAACUCGACCAUACUGAUGUUACUCAGCUUAAAGCUAGACAUCACAGAGUCCUUCCUUAUUUAGUUGCCGCAAAUACAGUCAAUUUUGGUAAACCAUGGAGAUUAAACUGCGCAGAAGCCCUUGCAGCUUGCUUAGCCAUCUUUGGCAUGCAAGAUGCAGCCGAUGAACUCUUAAAUCAGUUCAAGUGGGGUCAUUCAUUCUUUGAACAAAACGGAGAUUACAUUGAUGCUUAUAAGACAGCAAGAUCUGCUCAAGAAAUGACAGAUAUGCAAAACUUCUUCCUUAAUGAAUUGAAAGAAGAAGCAGAACAAAUGCAAGAUGAAAAUUACGAUCCAAUCAUUGAUGGAAAUCCAAACAGAAGACCUGUUAAGCGCCAUAUUUAUAUACCAAAGGAAUAUCCAGAAGAACCAAAGUCAAAUCCAGAUGCUCCAGUUGAUCCUAAUGCGCCAGCUCAGCCAGCUCCAGAGGCACCAAAACCAGUUGUUAAUGUUCUCUCACCAAAGGAUUUGGGCUCUGAUUAUUCUGAUAACGGAUAUUGCACAGAAGAUGAAGAUGAUUAA